AUGGUUACUGUCAAGGUGCUCCUUACCCUUGCUGUUUCCAAGUCUUGGCCGUUAAUACAAUUGGACGUUAAUAACGCAUUCUUACAUGGCGAUCUUGCUGAAGAAGUUUAUAUGGAUUUACCACCUGGCUAUCAUCUUUCCAAUCAUAUUGUUUGUCCUAAGGGAGAGCGUUUGGUGUGUCGCUUGAACAAAUCCAUCUAUGGUUUGAAGCAAGUCUCUCGCCAAUGGUUUGCUAAGUUCUCCAUGGCUUUGAUAAGUCUCGGUUUUCAGCAAUCAAAGUCUGAUUACUCCUUAUUUACUCGUGGUACUGGAGUUUCUUUUGUGGCUCUUCUGGUUUAUGUUGAUGACAUUGUUAUCACAGAUGUUGAUAUUUCUAUUAUUCGGUCUUUACAGCUUUUGCUUCACGACCGCUUUCGCCUUAAAGACCUUGGAUCUUUGAAAUAUUUUCUUGGUCUUGAGGUUGCUAGAAGUUCUAAAGGGAUUUCAUUGUCUCAACGACAUUACACUUUGACUCUGUUAGAAGAAUUUGGUCUCCUUGGGUGCAAGCCAACUGCUGUUCCUAUGGACCCUUCUACUACUCUUCGGCUAUCUGAUUCGGAUCUUCUUCAUGAUCCUACUGUCUAUCGCCGGCUUAUUGGCAAGUUAUUGUAUCUCACAAUAUCUCGUCCUGAUAUCACUUAUGCGGUCCAUAAACUCAGUCAGUUUGUUUCUAAACCGUGCAAAUCUCAUUUGGCUGCUGCUUUCUAUUUGCUACGGUAUUUAAAAGGCUCCCCGGGACAAGGUGUGUUUUUAUCUGCUUCUUCUUCCUUUAAACUAAGAGCUUUUGCUGAUGCCGACUGGGGUUCUUGCCCCGAUACUCGUCGMUCUACCACUGGUUUUUGUGUCUUCAUGGGCACAUCUUUAGUCUCUUGGAAAUCGAAGAAGCAGACUACCAUCUCGAGGUCCUCUGCUGAGGCCGAAUACAGAGCUUUAGCUGCUGUUUCUUGUGAAUUGUUAUGGUUAUCUCAUCUACUUACUGAUCUUCAAGUUGAUUUCACAUUACCUGCCUUAGUUUUUUGUGACAAUCAGGCAGCAAUACAUCUUGCAACCAAUCCCGUCUUUCAUGAACGGACAAAACACAUUGAGUUGGACUGUYAUUUYGUUCGUGAUCGAGUCCAAGAUGGUUUCCUGCGUUUGCUUCCGRUUCGGUCUGCUGYMCAACUUGCUGAURGUUUUACAAAACCUCUUUCUUCUGUAAUUUUUCGAUCUCUUAUGUCCAAGAUGRGCCUUGUUAAUAUUUACUGCCCAUCUUGA